GGACUAACUAGAUUUGACCUCUGACAGCUUAAAAAACCCAAAAAAGAGUUUGUCAAUGGAAAGACCAGCAGACUACAGGCAAUUGGGCGUAGAGGAAACGUGUCAAUUCCUGCGAGAAGAAGGACUUGCAGAAUGGGAAGACAAAUUUAGAGAACACAAAAUCACUGGUACCAGGCUGGGAAAUAUCACAGCUGAUGAUCUGGAAGAGAUGGGUAUUGAGAGACGUGGUGACCGCUUGAGAAUCUGGCACAUUAUCAAGAUAAAACUCUGGAAGAUCUCAGACCAAAGCAAGGUGUUCAAUGAUUCUAUCCAUGGUCAUAUCAAGUUGCAUCCGCUUCUCGUCAAAAUCAUUGACACACCUCAGUUCCAGAGACUACGAAACAUCAAGCAGCUUGGAGGGGGUUAUUUUGUUUUCCCUGGAGCAUCCCACAACCGCUUUGAACACUCAAUCGGGGUGGCAUACUUAGCAGGACGGCUUCUACAAAAUCUGAAAACAGAGCAGGAGGAACUCGACAUCGAUGACAGAGACAUCCUUUGUGUGCAGAUUGCUGGACUUUGCCAUGACCUCGGACAUGGACCCUUUUCUCAUCUGUUUGAUGGAAUGUUCAUCCCCAAAGUACGUCCAGAUCCGUGGAAGCAUGAGACUGCCUCUCUACAGAUGUUUGACUACCUGGUGUAUGACAAUGGUCUGGAGCCAGUGAUGAAGCACUACGGCCUGAAGCUGCCUGAGGACCAGACUUUCAUCAGAGAGAUGAUUGCAGGACAUCAGGAAACUAAUGCAGCUCAAGGCCAGAAGUGGCUGUAUAAAGGCCGACCAGAGGACAAGUCCUUCCUCUAUGAAAUCGUGGCCAACAAAAGAAAUGGCAUUGAUGUGGACAAGUUUGACUACUUUGCCAGGGACUGCCACCACCUGGGCAUCCAGAACAACUUUGACCAUCAACGCUUCAUCAUUUUUGCCAGGGUGUGUGAUGUGGAUGGGCAGAAGCACAUCUGUGUUAGAGACAAGGAGGUGGGCAAUCUGUAUGACAUGUUCUACACAAGGAUCAGUCUCCACAGAAGAGCCUACCAGCACAGAGUGAACAAGAUCAUAGAAGCUAUGUGA